UGACUUGUUAUACUUAUUCGUUAUAACCAUAAUUCUAAAUUUGCAGUAGAAGAGUCGUGCGUCACACAAUAUAACUACAAUAAGAAAAAAAAUUUAAAUCAUAUAUAGUAAACAUUAUAAUUACAGAAAUUGAUUUCAACAGGACAUUUUUAACUUUAGCGAUAGCAAUAAGUGAUUCAUUAUGUCUGUGAAUGAAUUUGAUAUACUAUCGAAUCCAGAGUAUGCUGAAGGAUUAAGUCGGCAGAUCGAGCUUACCAUAUCCAAUUUAAUCAUUAAAAAAGAUGCAUUAGUAAGUCAAGUUGAUUUAUAUACAUCAUUACAAGAUCAAAUAACUAGUAAUGAAAGAAUACGAAAGGAUAAUGGGAAAGUAAUGGUUUUAUUAGGUGAUGGUUAUUUUGUUGAAAAAGAUAUUGAUGAUGCCCUUGAGUUCUUAGAUCGUAGGAUUGAGAGUUUAAGUGAUAUGAUAUUACAAUUCAAUAAUAAUAUUAAUGAAGCAAAUGCUACCAGGGAUAAUUUUAAUAGAUUCAAAGAAUUCUCUAAACAACAACAAAAGGGUGAAGUUGAAAAUGAAGAAAACAAUAAAGAAAAACUAAACGAGGAAGGUUUACCAUUUAUGGAUAUUCAAGAAGAUUUGGAUGAUGAAGAUAAUAUAGUUGAUAUCAAGAUUAAUAAUCAAAGAAUAUCUAGGCUCGAAUUAGUACAAGAAAAAGAUCAACUACAAGAAAUAAUAGCCGAAACAAAAAUACAGCAUAUUGAAGAGAUCAUAGAUGAAAUACCGAAACCGAAACUAUUAGAAUCUAACAGCCCAUCUCAUGAAACGUCAACUCCAGAUUCAGAUUUCACUUCCAAUAUAGAUGAUCAACUUACUGAAUUAUUCCAAGAUAUGGAAAUCAUAGAUAAAACAGAUAAAUCAGUCAUAGACGAUGGACCUAUAAAUCCCAAUGAUCUAUUAGAAAAGAUUGAUAAGUUAAAAGUAAGUGUUGAAGAUAAAUUCCGAUUAAAACAGAUUUGUCUUGAAGAGUAUAAAAAGAUAUACGGAGAUAAAGAAAAUAUAAUGAAUAAUGAAUCCAAUCAAAAUCAACAAGAAUCAUCAACUGAUGAUGAUGUUUUCACUCCUGAAGUUUCUGAAACUUCUUUGGAUGAAGUUAGAGGGAAGGAAAGAGAGCAAGUUUUAGCCUCUAUUAUUAAAGAAAAUCAUUUGAAUGAUUCCAUAACUACUAGUACUCCAGCUACCAGUGGAUUUAAUUCGGUUGAUAAAAAUGAUAUUUUAGAAUUAGAAAUUCUAGCUGAUGAAUUCGAUGACACUAAUGAGUUAGAAGAUGAUGAAAAUGAAAUUGUACAAUUUGAUGAUAAUGAAGAUUGGGAUUUUGAUUUUUCAGAUGAAGGAGAAGAAGAUGAAAACGAUGAUGAUGAUGAAGAUGAAGACUAUGGUGAUGAUAUCUUAUAUGGAAAUAGAUCUUUAUCAUUAGGACCAUCUCAAAAUGAUAAAGCAACCAACAUGUUAUGGGAUCAAGUUUUUAAAUUAAGAAAAUCAAACAACUUGACUCAAGAUAAUCAAAAUGAAGUAGACGAAGAAGAAAAGAGUGACCCUCCUAAAAAGAAAAAAUCAGUUCGAUUCUCUGAGAAUUUAGAGAUUAAUGAAAUUGAGAAUAUCAGUGAAGAAUUAAAGUUAAUGUCUUCAACUCCAACCAAAAAGCUUUCAUUAUUUAAACAAGAAAGAAUCAUUCAACAUAACGAAACAAUAACUGAAGUUGAUGAACGGGAUUACAUCGAUGAAGAAGAUGAACCCUUGAGUGACGUAAUUGAAAAGGAUAUACUUCCACCUGUCGAAAUGUUUCCUGAAGCUCCUAUAAAGAAAGUUUCAAAAUUCAAACAAGACAGACUUUCUUCAUUACAACCAAAUGUGAAAAUCAUCAAAGAUGAAUCAUCAAUCAAAUCAGAUGAACCUAUUAAUAGACGUGAUUUAAUAAAUCAAUCGAUUUCCGAAAGUGAAGAUCAAGUUCUUGUUGAUUCUAUUCCAGAAACUGAAAACCAAGUUCUUGUGGACUCUAUUAUUGAAAAUGAACAUGCCGAAGAAUCAAAAGUUGAAGUUGAAAUUGAAGAAAAACCGCGUAAAGUAUCCAAAUUCAAAGCUAAUAAAUUAGCUCAGUCUAAACCAGUACCGAUACCCAUCCCAGAAAUUCCGAUUCCAGAACCAGUAGACUCAAUAGUUGAUGAAAUUGAACAUGAAGAUGAAUCAGUUGAAGGUUCAGUUAUUAGAGAUACAACCUUAGAUUAUCAAUCAUUACAAGGGGAUGUUGAUUCUAUGGCCAAGGCAUAUGCAUUAGGGUUAUAUGAUGAUGACAUUGAAACUCAUGGUCCUGUGGUUAAUAAAAUGGAAGAUUUUGAAAUCUUAAAUAAAAUGAUUGAAUCAAUGCCAUCGAAUGAUAAUAAUUCUUCGAGAACCACCAAUCAUAAAAUAACGGAGAUUUCCAAUCAAAGAUUACAAGAUCUGCAUGUUUUUGAUGCCAAUUUGGAUACCAUUGAAAAGACUGAUUACGAUGAAGAAGAUGAUGAAGAUGGUCCUAUCUUAGUGGAUGAGAUUGUGGAGAAUGAAUUUGAUGAAGAUGGAGAAGGAUUAGAGGAAGAUUUGGAUGAUACUAUAUUAGAUCAAGAGAUAAUUACCAAUUAUCAUAAAUUACGUCAAAAGAUUAUCUUUGAAAAUAAAGCCAGAGGUUAUUUAAAGAGUGAUGAAGAAUUAGAAUUUGUACCGAUUGAUGAAGAUGGUAAUACUUUAAAAGUUAGUAGAUUUAAGGCGGCCCGAAUGAACUAAACUACAUAAACAUGUAUAUAGAA